AUGGGACCAGCCCUGCCCCAGCCUGUCCUCAUUGGCUGGCAUGAGGCAGAGGGGGCUUUAAAAAGGCAACCGUGUCCGGGCUGGGGACCAGAGCCUGUGCUCCUGGAAGGCUGGGUGCUCUCCUACGGUUGGCACCAUGCAGCUCUCUUUCGCCCUGUGUCUCGUCUGCCUGCUGGUCCACGCAGCCUUCCACGUGGUGGAGGGCCAGGGGUGGCAGGCCUUCAAGAACGAUGCCACGGAAAUCAUCCCUGAGCUGGGCGAGUACCCCGAGCCUCCCCCAGAGCCAGAGAACAACAAGACCAUGAACCGGGCGGAGAACGGAGGGAGGCCUCCCCACCACCCCUUUGAGACCAAAGACGCGUCCGAGUACAGCUGCCGCGAGCUGCACUUCACCCGCUACGUGACCGACGGGCCGUGCCGCAGCGCCAAGCCGGUCACCGAGCUGGUGUGCUCGGGCCAGUGCGGCCCGGCGCGCCUGCUGCCCAACGCCAUCGGCCGCGGCAAGUGGUGGCGCCCGAGCGGGCCCGACUUCCGCUGCAUCCCCGACCGCUACCGCGCGCAGCGGGUGCAGCUGCAGUGCCCAGGCGGCGCGGCGCCGCGCGCGCGCAAGGUGCGCCUGGUGGCCUCGUGCAAGUGCAAGCGCCUCACCCGCUUCCACAACCAGUCCGAGCUCAAGGACUUCGGGCCCGAGGCCGCGCGGCCGCAGAAGGGUCGGAAGCCGCGGCCCGGCGCGCGGGGCGCCAAAGCCAACCAGGCCGAGCUGGAGAACGCCUAUUAG